UUGAGUUAUUCUGAUGCUCUGCUGUGCGGUCGGCUUUUCUAAAGGAGUACAAUCCCCAAACCUGGGCGAACUAGAACGUCCUUGAGGUGCAUUUUUAUUUCUAAACUCAGAGCCAAUCACUGAUAUCAAAGGGUUCUCAACAUCAUGGAUGAGAUGUCGAUGACUCCCUCCGCUGGUACAACGGUCGCUGGCCCAAAUGCUUCCUCCGAAGACACGCGACACACCGAGCAAAGACGCCUGUUUCAACAAGCUACGGAGAAGGUGAUGGGCCGUCCAGGGUACUAUACUGAUGUAACAGUACUCAUGUUCAAAUGGACAAAAGAGUUGGAGCAGAGAGGAGGUCUCAACGAAGGAGACUAUGUACAGAAGCUAUCGGAGGUCUUCGCUGAUGAUUUCCGUUUCGAAACCAAAAUCAUUCAACUUGAAGAGAGCGAAGAGUGGGUGCCCACGAAGAGGGUCAUCGAUGCAAUCAACAUCAUCAAAGGAGAUACGCAGAAUACGCUUAUCAUCAUCUAUUAUAACGGACAUGGAAAGCUUGAUCUUGAGACCAAGCAGCUGAAGUGGCAUGCAACGAAUCAUUUAGACAAACCAGGAAGCGAGCACCAUUCAUCUGUAUACUGGCAGAAGAUCGAGAAUUAUCUGAACGACAACGUAUUCGUAGACGUCCUUGCCAUCCUCGACACAUGCUAUGCUGGCAAUAUUGGGCACAAGGACAUAGGCGGGAGCGAUGAUCGGAAUUACCAGCUUCUCACUGCUGGAGCGUUUGAUAAGAGAGCGGAAUCGGGCGAACAAUCUUUUACGAACGCCCUUGUUGAAUGUCUUCAGAUCCUCCACCGCAAACACAAAGGGCGUCCUUUCGAGCUUGUGGACCUGCAGGAAGAGAUUACGCACCAUGAGCAUCGAAAAAAGAACCCUCCUUCUCUCUUAAACCGUAGAAGGAAAUAUGAACGUCCCAUCAAACUCGCGCCGUUACACAAACCCGAUGGGAACCCAGCAAAGGAGAACCAAGUCGCCCCGCCCUGUGUUGCGUACCUACAUCUCCGCUUACCAUUAACUGAUCACGAACUUGACAACCACGCUAUUGAGAAACUUGGAAGAAAACUUGGCCAUGCCAUAAAGGAGACCCAGCUCCCCAUUUCGAGAGUCGAGUGGGAAGGCAUCAAGCCAAUGGUUCGCCAACGACAGCUCCAAUCACUGAAGGACGUGGUGAGCGUUGCAUACUUUAUGCACAACAGGCUAAGAAGAGGUGGUGCAAUAUACACGAAGUCUCACCAGGGUGUCUCACCGGUCUCGCUGGUCCUCGAUGAAAGCAUCCAUGGAACGGUGAACGAUCCGGCAGAAGUGGAGAAAGAUGGUACCACAAUGAGAGGCGACGUGCUGGGCAAGAGAUGCAGAGAUGAGCCGCUGGAGAAGCUGAAUGACAAAGUUGCAGAAUCAACCCCGCUAAAAAAAUCACGAAGAGUUUUAGGGGCUGGCGACAGGGUACAAGCCCUUAACGAAGAAGGCUCUUCGCUCACUCCUCCCGUGACGGACGGAGAGUAGGAGUGACUGCAGAGCUGGCCGGUUGCAUUUCCAAUGGCCGAGUGGAUGCGAGCUGUGUUGUCUCCCCUCGGCAUUCUGGAUUUAUAAUCAUCUACUGGUAUUCAGGCAGCGAAU